UCAGCGAACAUAAUAGUGGAUGAUGUUAGACAAGGUCCCCAAGCCCACCUGUGGCUUUACUGUUUAAGAGCAUGUCUGCCCAUUAUUUUACUGUAUACAUUAGGGGAGGUGCGAUGCUCUUGUGGUUAAAGCACACAACUGGGAGUCUAAAGAUUGGGGUUCUAUUCCCAGCUCUGCCACAGACUUACUGUGAUCUUGGUCAAGUUACUUCACUUCCCUGACCCUCUCAGUAAAAUGGAGAGAAUGCUUCUUUCUUACAUGUUGCACACAAGACCUCUGAAGCUGAAUAUAUAAAUGUGUGUAAAGUUCUUUGGGAUCCUUGAAUGGAAGGCAAUAUAGAAAUGCAGAAGACUUCAUAACGAUGCACACAAACAAUACAAGUGAGAUUCUCCCCUCCAUUCUGGCCCCUUUACAUACAGUUAAAGGGCCAGAGCACCAUUAAUGGGUCCUAAAAGCCUGAAUUCUGGCUAGGGGAUUAUUCCCCUCGCAAAAUCACUGCUGCAGGCAGUGCGAAGGCUGCUUGUGAGACCCCCUUGCAAGCCCUGGCAUGUAGUAUGGUGGGGGGGGUGCUUCAGAAUGCAGUAGUGUGGAGACUCUGGGCAAUGCUGCAUCCUACAGGGAACUGCUGUCUGCCUUAUUCCAGGGCCUCUACAACUCCUGGGGCAAUCCAGGAACAGGACAGAGGAUACAAAGGUGGCUUAAAGCUACCAUAGACCCCUACUGCAUGGGCUGCACAUAUUAGGCUGUGCCUCAGAAUCUUGUCCUAUGUGUCUUUCUUACUUAUAGAGACACAAGAUGGGUGAGGUAAUAUUGUUUAUUAGACCAGCUUCUGUUAGUGAGAGAGACUAGCUUUCGAUCCACACAGAGCUCUUCUUAGCCCUAUUCACAGAAGUUGGUCCAAUAAAAGCCAUUACCUCACCCACUUUGACUCACUAAUAUCCUAGGACUGACACGGCUGCAACUACACUUUCUUACUUAUAGUUAUUUGCCUUCUCCCUCUGGCUACGUUCUGUAACUUUGUUGAUGGUUUAAAGGACAUGUGUGCAUUCCCAGUUUUAGAUGUACUUUUAUGACAGGGAGUCACUGUAUUUUGAAGCACAUUUCACUGUGUAUUCAGAGUGAGGGGCAUUUUUCUCUUUGAAUUUUCAAAGUGCUGAACAGAACAAAAGUGAUGGUGUCUGCUCUUUAAUAUGAUUCCAGCAGCUCAGCUAUUUUCAAUUUUGAUAUAUCCUGAAUUAGCAGUGGAGAGGGGAUUAGGUAGGAGUGAUUCAUGUCUAAUGUGUGACACAGCGGCUCAGGGAGCAGUCAUUUUGCGACACCGCAUGAAAAAUUCACUUCACCUCCAAAUAAACUUCCCUUUCCUUCUCCACCCCCUUAACCUCCUCUCCUUCACUUAAACUAAAAAUUGUUCCUUCUCUUCUUUCCUCCCAGUGGAGAGAUGUUCAGGCAAAAUCACUUAUGGCCAGCUAAUGAGAACAUCCUUACUUUGCUCCUGUUCGUCAAUUUAAUUUGGCUUUCAGCUGAAAAAUACCUACGAGAAUUCUCAAAUAUGACCGUUAUUGUUAAAUGAUUCCCCCUGGCAGCGAGCCCAGACUGGUGGGUCAGAUUAUGAGUGUGAAUGUGAAGGUGUGUCUGCACUACAAUCAGGAGGUGUGAUAGCUGCACAUGUAGGCAGACCCAAGCGUGUCUCCACCCUGCGAUUUCACUGCCUUUUUUAGCAAGCUAGGUGAAUCAAAGCUAGCUUGCAGAGGCAGUGCUGCCCCAUUGGGGUCCCUAAGCAGGAAUAUUAUGGGGGACCCCCACAGAUAACAGAUAAUAAAAAGCAAAGAGGGAGCCCUCCUUGAGCUGCUCGGGGCUCUAAGCAAUCGCUUAGUCUGCUUAUGCCUAGCGCCGGCUCUGCUAGCUUAGGUAUGUCUACAUGAACUGCAGUCAGACCUCCCGAUUGUGACAUAGAUGUACCCUAACUGGCCACAUGCCAGCAUGAUGGAGUCUAUACAUUUCUUCAGCAACACACCUUCCUACUUAUGACUUUGUCCAAUUCCCCUUAACGACACCAAAGAAUCAUUAACCAUAACUACAGCUGGCAAUAAGAACAAAAGGGAAUCCCCCUUAUUCUUUAAAAUGCCUUUUAAAUUGAGUAUGUCCGCUGAUGAUUAGUGCACUGUUCUAUGGAGUUCUUUGCAGCUUUGGAGGCCAAAAAGCUUUCAGACCCAGUGUGCCCCCCGGUUGUCCUGGGCCUUUUUCAGAUAGGGCAGAUAAAAACUCUGAUCUAAAUGCCUCUGGACUUUGUGAGAGUUUAGAUCUAAGUCCAAACUUUGCAGCUCAUGAGCCAGCCAUCCUUAGGGAUUUUAGCAGCUAGUGGCUGGGACUAUGUACACUUGCAGCCUGAAAAUUACUUUCACUUAUUAUUACAACUAUAUCAGGAGCUGCCCAGUGCAUGAGAGAUGAUUUGAGAGAUGGUUUCUGAAGACAUCGGAACAGAGGCAUGUUCUUUUUGUGAGUAAAUAAAGCUAACAAACAGGACAAUAUUGUUAGAGAGGAAGGAUGGUGCAGUGAAUAGGACACCAGGAGACCCGAGUUCAGUUCCUCGCUCUGGCACAGACUUCCUGUGUGACUUUGAGCAAGCCACUUUUAUUCUCUCUCUGCCUCUGUUCCCCAUCCGCAAGAUGAGGGUAAUAGUACUUCCUUACCUCACAAAGGUUUUAUAAGGAUUAAAUAUAUUAAAGAUGGUGAGGUUCUCAGAUACUCAUUACAGGAGCCAUAAAAGUACCUAAGAUAGGUAGAUUUAGAUGCAUAUAUAUAUAUAUAUAGAGAGAGAGAGAGCGAGAUACACACACACACCCCCCUAAGGAAAAUUGGACAGAAUCAACCUACUGUGACUGUCUGCAGCUCCUUCCUCUAUUAGUGAGAGCCUCCCACUGAUUGUCUUCAGAGUCCAGCCAUGGGGUCUUUUGCCAUGCCCAUAAUUAGCAUAACCCUUCCUGUAGGAAGAGCUUCUUCUAUUAAUAGACUGUUCUCCAUAAUAGAAUUGCUGCUUGACCUUAACUUCUGUGUGGCUCAUCUGCAAAAUGGAAAUACUAUUACCUACUAAUGGGUGUUUUGAGGCUGAUUUCAUUAAUAUUCAUACUGUGCUUUGAGAUCCUCACAGGGAAGGUGCUAAAGAAGGACAAGGUAGUAUUAUUAUUUAUUUAUUAUGUGAAGUAAACAUCCCAGAGGCUCAGCUGGCUAAAUUUUUUGAAAAUUCAUUUUGACCUGACUCUUUUUCUAGUAACCAUUUGAACCAUGACCAGUUAACACUGGUACAGAUUGGUACACUUGUAACAGAACAGUGGGGCUUAAUAUGGAGACAUUUAUGACAAUUCCCUCAAUGUGCUGCUUCCAGUUAAAUACCUUUUAAACAGCAUGGAAUGCAAAGUAAGGUCUGCCUUUCAUCUUUGAUUAGAUGAAGCAACAAAGUCCAAUAAAUCAGCUAGUAAUCAAGUUUGUUACAUAAAAGAACUUUGCAUUGUGUAGUACUUUUCAUUAACCUCUGUUUCUCAUUUUCUGUGCUACAGACUUCAGAUAAUUGUACUCCUCAAUUGUGCUAGUGUUACUGCCCAUGUUUUUAAAUGUUAAGAGCAUUUAUCAGUGUGGGAAAGGUAAUUUAGUGUUACCAGAGUCCAUGGUGUUAAAAUGCAGUAUGGUUGAAACCAUUUAAAUAGACAAGCUGCUCUCAGAAUAUGAAUGUUACAUUAUCUGAAGAGAGAAGUAGAGGAUUAAUUUUAAUGGAGAAUGGGGAAAAAUCCAUAUGCCCCAUAUAACUUCAGUUAUUCCUUUUAACUAAAGGAAAUUUGUAUAACUUUCUUCUUGUCACUCAAGAGACUCACAAAAUCUAAGAUUACUUUAGCUGACAGAUGAUAGAGAAAAAUAAUUCCCUUUUUUCCCCCCAAUUAGUUUCCUUGUACACUUGACAGCACUUUGUGUAUAGUAAGUUUCACUGUUUCCCCAUUAGAUUCUCCGUUUGCCUGUGUGGCUCUUACAGAGCCACAGGGGAGAGAAAUAUUUAAAAUAGCAACAUGUUAUUGUAAAACCAUAAACAUUAGCAGGUGAUACUCAUAGGAAGUUAUAGGAACCUGAGUAAUGUGUAACUUGUAUUUUAAAACUGAUUAGGUUUCAUAUUGAUGGUGUCCCUCUCUCCUGAACAGAGGACAUUGCCUGUUAUAGAAGGUUAAAAUUGCAAUGUUUGAUCACCAAGUGGCAUUGUUCUUACUAGUGCAGUGCAUCUUACUGCAGAGUAGUAUGUAAGUACUAUAGUAGUAUGUAAUCAAGUUUUAGUUGAGGCAAUAUCCUGUUCAUUAUCAUAUCUGAUUUUCAUCCAUACUUCUGUUUUCAGCUGUCCCAAACCAAAUCAACUAUACCAAACCAACCUGGGGCUAGAUUUGCCACUGCAGCAUGCUUUUGCACUGCACCACUGGCAGAAUCUGCCCCUAAAGCCAGUUUAGCCAAGCCACCCCACGAAGAUUGUGCCAAUAUAAGAGAGUGGCAAAAGUUAAGAAAGGCACUUUGUAGUGAGGUGACGCUUCACCAAUUUGGUGCCUCCUGCUGGUCAUCUUGGAAAUUAGCUCUUUCCAGUCCAGAGCACCCUCUGCAGGCCCAUGUCUCACCUGCUGCUGGCCCCCAUAUCCCUCCUGGACCCCAGUGCCCCUUUACCUCAGGGUUCUGCCCCAGCAGUACCUCCCACACUCUGGGUCUCCCCUCCCAGGGGAACCCCCAACCCUCUAAACCCACCUUGCCUCAGUGGCUACUGCCAGUCAUCAUCUAGCCCCCACUCACUGGGGCAGAAGUGGCUACAUUUAAAUGGUCAGAUUGUAUCCACUUUUGGCAAGUACCUUCAGGUUCUGUCUCUUUUACACUUUGGCAGCAGUUGUAUGUAAAGCUUGUUGUGCCCAAGAAGUGUUAUUGGAUGUAUGCAAUUUGAGAAGCACUGUGGAAUUCUUACGGAUUAAAGUUUCUACAUGUAUGGAAGAUAUUAUCAUCACUAGCACUUCUAUAAUAUUUUAAAGAAUGAUGAAUUGCUUAAAUUAAUCUUUCUUACUAAAAGAUGUGGGUGGAUAUCAAUGUACUGAAACUAACCAUCUUCCAGGACACCGCUGGUAUUGUUUCCCUGAGCUGCUAAGCAAAUUUUGGGGUGCUGGGGAUGUUCCUGGUGAAAGUAGAAAUUGAUGGAGUCUGGUAUUUUCUUUGAUGCAAUCUUGUAUAUUUACAAGGAAUGUACCAAGUCCUGCUUCUCCAAAUGCAGGAGGAACCAAAAGCAAAAGGAGCAGUUUCUUAGCUUACUGCCCAAGCCUCUUUAGCCAAAAGCCUUCUCUCUAGCUUUUUUUUUGACACUGUGCUCAGAUGCUACUGCUCGGCUUUUUUGCUUUUUGCCUCUGUCCCUCUCUCUGUUCUUGUCUGUCCUCAGUUUCUGUGUUCUCUGCUUCUCUCUCUAAUGCGUGCGCACACACACACACACACAGAGCCCUGGUCUACACUAGGACUUUAGGUCGAAUUUAGCAGCGUUAAAUUGAUGUAAACCUGCACCCGUCCACACAAUGAAGCCCUUUAUUUCGACUUAAAGGGCUCUUAAAAUCGGUUUCCUUACUCCACCCCUGACAAGUGGAUUAGCGCUUAAAUCGAUGUUGCCGGCUCGAAUUUGGGGUACUGUGGACACAAUUCGAUGGUAUUGGCCUCUGGGAGCUAUCCCAGAGUGCUCCAUUGUGACCGCUCUGGACAGCACUCUCAACUCAGAUGCACUGGCCAGGUAGACAGGAAAAGAACCUCGAACUUUUGAAUCUCAUUUCCUGUUUGGCCAGCGUGGCAAGCUGCAGGUGACCAUGCAGAGCUCAUCAGCACAGGUGACCAUGAUGGAGUCCCAGAAUCGCAAAAGAGCUCCAGCAUGGACCGAACGGGAGGUACGGGAUCUGAUCGCUGUUUGGGGAAAGGAAUCCGUGCUAUCAGAACUCCGUUCCAGUUUUCGAAAUGCCAAAACCUUUGUGAAAAUCUCCCAGGGCAUGAAGGACAGAGGCCAUAACAGGGACCUGAAGCAGUGCCGCGUGAAACUGAAGGAGCUGAGGCAAGCCUACCAGAAAACCAGAGAGGCGAACAGCCGCUCUGGGUCAGAGCCCCAAACAUGCCGCUUCUAUGAUGAGCUGCAUGCCAUUUUAGGGGGUUCAGCCACCACUACCCCAGCCGUGUUGUUUGACUCCUUCAAUGGAGAUGGAGGCAAUACGGAAGCAGGUUUUGGGGACGAAGAAGAUGAUGAUGAGGAGGAGGUUGUAGAUAGCUCACAACAAGCAAGCGGAGAAACCGGUUUUCCCGACAGCCAGGAACUGUUUCUCACCCUGGACCUGGAGCCAGUACCCCCCGAACCCACCCAAGGCUGCCUCCUGGACCCAGCAGGCAGAGAAGGGACCUCUGCUGCAUGUGUUUCAAUGAUCACAGGAUCUUCUCCUUCCCAGAGGCUAGUGAAGCUUAGAAAGAAAAAAAAACGCACUCGCGAUGAAAUGUUCUCCGAGCUCAUGCUGUCCUCCCACACUGACAGAGCACAGACGAAUGCGUGGAGGCAAAUAAUGUCAGAGUGCAGGAAAGCACAAAAUGACCGGGAGGAGAGGUGGAGGGCUGAAGAGAGUAAGUGGCGGGCCGAAGAGAGUAAGUGGCGGGCUGAAGACAGGGCUGAAGCUCAAAGGUGGCGGCAGCGUGAUGAGAGGAGGCAGGAUUCAAUGCUGAGGCUGCUGCAGGACCAAACCAGUAUGCUCCAGUGUAUGGUUGAGCUGCAGCAAAGGCAGCUGGAGCACAGACUGCCACUGCAGCCCCUCUGUAACCAACCGCCCUCCUCCCCAAGUUCCAUAGCCUCCACACCCAGACGCCCAAGAACGCGGUGGGGGGGCCUCCGGCCAACCAGCCACUCCACCACAGAGGAUUGCCCAAAAAAAAGAAGGCUGUCAUUCAAUAAAUUUUAAAGUUGUAAACUUUUAAAGUGCUGUGCUUAAAGUGCUGUGUGGCAUUUUCCUUCCCUCCUCCACCACUCCU